CCCCUAAAUAUAAAGGGUUCGUGUGGAGGCAUGUUGUGAGGUCCUCUUUGCCUUUGUCUUCCAGUUCCCGCUAUCUGUUGUUGUACACUGCCAAAGGGGGUUGGGGUACCCUCAUCUUCAGGGGGCCUUCUGAAUUGGAAUUUCUGCCCUUCUGCUCAAAAUGGCUUGCAGACUUGCAGAUUCAAGCUUCCUUCUCAUGGGCCCCCGUCAAAGGGCAAUUCAGAGUCAUAAAUUUUCCCCACUUAAACCUUCAGGCUUAUACUAUUUGAAGUGGGAAAUUCCCCAGACAAGGGUCAAACACCAAAGAUAUUUUGAACCCCUGCGGAAGACCAAAGUUGUACAAGCUGUGGCAAUUCCAGUUGCACCAUCUCCAGCAGAUGGUGCGGAGCAAAGGAAACAAUUAUCUGAAAGCUAUGGUUUUAAGCAAAUUGGAGAACCACUUCCAGAAAAUGUUACAUUGAAGGAUAUCAUUGAUUCAUUUCCGAAAAAGGUGUUUGAGAUUGAUGAUGCGAAAGCGUGGAAGUCGGUAUUAAUAUCUGCCUCUUCCUAUAUGCUGGGGCUAUUCAUGAUCUCCAAAGCCCCAUGGUAUCUACUUCCUCUGGCUUGGGCGUGGACAGGCACUGCGGUCACAGGGUUCUUUGUUAUAGGACAUGAUUGUGCGCACAAAUCAUUCUCGAAGAACAAAUUAGUGGAAGACAUUGUUGGGACUCUGGCAUUUUUGCCCUUAAUAUACCCCUAUGAGCCAUGGCGUUUCAAACAUGACCGGCAUCAUGCGAAAACAAACAUGUUACAUGAAGACACAGCUUGGCACCCUGUCUUGAAAGAGGAGUUUGAUUCACGCACAGUGCUGCGGAAGGCAAUUAUUUAUGGAUAUGGCCCAUUCAGGCCUUGGAUGUCUAUAGGUCACUGGUUGAUCUGGCACUUUGAUUUAAAGAAAUUCAGACAAAAUGAAGUUAAAAGGGUGAAGAUAAGCUUGGCUUGCGUUUUUGCAUUCAUGGCAAUUGGAUGGCCGUUGAUUAUCUACAAGACUGGAAUCAUGGGAUGGAUCAAGUUCUGGUUAAUGCCAUGGUUGGGCUAUCACUUUUGGAUGAGUACUUUCACAAUGGUCCAUCAUACGGCACCCCACAUUCCUUUUAAAUCUUCGGAUGACUGGAAUGCAGCUGAGGCCCAGCUUAAUGGGACAGUUCACUGUGACUAUCCUCGCUGGGUAGAGAUCCUCUGUCAUGAUAUUAAUGUCCACAUCCCCCAUCAUAUCUCUUCUAGAAUACCAAGCUAUAAUUUGCGGGCAGCUCAUCAGUCUCUCCGAGAGAAUUGGGGAAAGCAUCUGAACGAGGCUACUUGGAAUUGGCGUCUAAUGAAGACCAUAUUGACGAUGUGCCAUGUUUACAGUGAAGAGCAAAAUUAUGUGGCCUUCGACGUACUUGCUCCUGAAGAAUCCCACCCGAUCACUUUUCUUAAAAAAGUAAUGCCUGAUUAUGCUUGAUGCCUUGUAGGGAGCAUAGCCUUUUCAAUUAAUUUCUUCUCUCUUACUAGUAUGUUUUUUUUUUGGGGGGUCAAAUUAGUGGUAUGCCAUUGCAAUUUCUUACAUGUUGUCACGUUCAGAUUCAUUAAUAGAGGAAAACCAUUGAAGGAAGUAUCCUAGAAGUUGGUAACACUUGGCCUUUCUUUAUGAUGAUUUCCCUAUUGUACUCUUUAAGGGCAAAAUAAUCCUGAGGAGUGGGUUUUCAUUAAAUUACAAGAUCUCAUUUGCAAUAUAAUGGCCCUAUGUGAUCUAACUUA